GCAUUAAAUGCCGUAAUGUGGACCUCUGCCUACCUCUUCGGUGAUAAAAGGCGUGACUAGCAGCAUUACAUGCCGUAAUAUGCACCUCUGCCUACUCCUUCGGGGAUAAAAGCCGAAAUGUUCACCUCUGACUACCCCUUCGGGAAUAAAAGAUGUGACUAGCAGCAUUAAAUGCCGAAAUGUGCACCUCUGCCUACCCCUUCAAAGAUAGAAGGCGUGACUAGCAGCAUUACGUGCCGUAAUGUGCACCUCUGCCUACCCCUUCAAAGAUAAAAGGCGUGACUAGCAGCAUUACAUGCCGUAAUGUGCACCUCUGCCUACCCCUUCGUGGAUAAAAGGCGUGACGUUGCAUGACGGCGCGUUUACAUUAAGUUGGUCGUAGGUCGGUCACCAAAAGGCGGCGGCCGCAUAUGGUUUUACAGAAACCGAAUUAAUACGGCCAAACCGAAUACCUGUUUAUAUUAGUUGGUGACCGAAUACGGCCUGCAGCCGAAUACGGUCUAACCGACUAAUGUAAAUGCGCCAUGAUACCUACGAAUGUCUAUUGUAUUAUCCUACAGGUGCUCCGAGAGAUAGAGCACGUGUACUUCAACCCGCCGGCGGAGUUCGACGCGGGCCGCUACGUGCUGGAGUUGUAUAAUACCUACGAAUGUCUAUUGUAUAAUGUUACAGGUGCUCCGAGAGAUAGAGCACGUGUACUUCAACCCGCCGGCGGAGUUCGACGCGGGCCGCUACGUGCUGGAGUUGUAUAAUACCUACGAAUGUCUAUUGUAUAAUGUUACAGGUGCUCCGAGAGAUAGAGCACGUGUACUUCAACCCGCCGGCGGAGUUCGACGCGGGCCGCUACGUGCUGGAGUUGUAUAAUACCUACGAAUGUCUAUUGUAUAAUGUUACAGGUGCUCCGAGAGAUAGAGCACGUGUACUUCAACCCGCCGGCGGAGUUCGACGCGGGCCGCUACGUGCUGGAGUUGUAUAAUACCUACGAAUGUCUAUUGUAUAAUGUUACAGGUGCUCCGAGAGAUAGAGCACGUGUACUUCAACCCGCCGGCGGAGUUCGACGCGGGCCGCUACGUGCUGGAGUUGUAUAAUACCUACGAAUGUCUAUUGUAUAAUGUUACAGGUGCUCCGAGAGAUAGAGCACGUGUACUUCAACCCGCCGGCGGAGUUCGACGCGGGCCGCUACGUGUUGGAGCACGCGCCCGCCGCCUCCUGCGACGACAUAGAGCGCAUGUUCACUAAGCUGAAGCGGCAGCAACAGGUAGUCUCCGGUAAAGCCCUGCACCUAAUCUCCCAACAGAGAGACAACUGCGACAGGGAAUUUAAAGAAAUACAAAACAUACGCGAACAACUCUCAACUACACUACAAACCUGCCAGAAGGCCCGGGUUCAGCUCCGAGCUGCGUCAAACCACCUCACAAUAUCCACAUUCGUGAUCCUUGCAAAUUUUCGCAAAAGACAGAUCAUUCGAUCCGUACUCAAGUCUUUAGAGUUACUCAGGAGUUUACGGAGCGUCGAAAAAGAUGUAGCGGACUUACUAGUAAAAAAAGAGUAUUAUGAAGCCAUUGAUCUGAUUCUUAAAAGCAAGAAAGCUGCCAGUCUUCAUAAGGAGUACACGUGUAUAUCAGAUUUGGCGUCUCGUCUACAAGACACGCUAGACAUGACAGAAGAGAAAUUGGAUACAGUCUUAGCAAGUCUCUGCUACAAUUUCGACGAAACUAUAUUUCGGAAAUUGCGAAAAACAUACGCUUUGCUCGGUAAAACUCAAGCGGCUAUGGAGCAGUUACACAUGCAUUAUUCUUCUGCGGUUAACGAAUCUGCUGUUGAAGCAGUAAAGAAUUACGUGGGUGAUGUAUCCGAUAUGAAAUUUAAGGAAAUGUGUCAGUCAGUCCAAGCGAAUAAGGCUCCUAUUUGCUUGUUGAAUUUGUGCGAAAAUCUCUUUCUUAUCAUGAGGAGUUACUACCUUCUAGUCGAAUGGCAUUCGAAAUACGAUGAAGAAGAAUCGAUUCCUAUAUCGAGUAACGUUUUUGAAAUCGAGAAGAAUGUCAGUCGGGAGUAUAUAAGACAGAAGUUAAAAGCUGGGCUCGUUCGCAUUUGGAACGAUGUACAAGCUAAAGUGUCAACGUUUUUGCGCAGUUCUGGCUUAGAAGAGUAUCCGUUUGAGAAGUUCAUACAAAUGCUAGGUGUUUUAAGGAAAUUGACUCAAGUGGCUGAGGUUUUUUGUGGUGAUAAAUCGGAUCUUUUACAGGACUUUAUAAAGACUCAGAGUGUUGUAUACAUAAAGAAUUAUCACAAAGGUCGUAUGGAGGAAUUGAAACUCUUCUUAGAGAAUGAGGGGUGGGAACAAUGUCCAGUUAAAUCUACGUUCAAUUUACUCUACCUACAAGAGUUUAAACAGUUCAAAAAGUACCUGAAUGUAAGGACGGACACUUCGCUUCUAAAGACCCAGUCUGAUGGAGCUUCGUCAGUCCACUCGCAAGAAGACAGCCUCUAUAUAGCGAAGUACUUUAAACAGAACACUCAUCACACCCCAUUUGAAAUCUUCCGCAAUGAGAAUAUAACGAAUGAUGAUAUCUUUGGCCUUGAACCGGAGUUGGUGAGCGACGAUUCAGAGGACGACGAACCGGAUGAGCUAAAGAGGGACUUUGUGGACGAAAAUGAUCGCCCUGAACCUCACCAAAGUCCGAGCAGGGUAACCGACAGUGUUAUAGUGACCAAUACCACUCUAUCAGUCUUAAGACACUGCGGACAAUACCUCCAAAUAUGUCGCUACUUACCCCAAAUUUCGUUAGAAGUCGUCAUGCUAAUGAACCAACUUUUCGACUACUAUUUCUUCACUGUACACCUAUUCUUCACCGCAGAUUUAGACGUUGCAUCAUCUACUUUAUACACUCCAAAAUUGAACUCUGUGUUAAAGAGGAUAAAGAAUAAUAUUGAUACGGAUAACUCUGGUGAGAUUGAGGGCAAAAUCCCUUGUCCAGAUGCGCCUCAACAUUUAAAUAUGACUUCAGAAGAAAAUUUGCACGGUCUCCCUGAAAGGAUUGUGGCGGUUGAAAGCGUAAUUUUCUUGUCAAAGCAAUAUGAGAUCUUGCAACCGUAUUUAGAGUCUAUAGUCGCACAGCAUCAGAGGAUGAUUUUAGAACAUUUUAAGGAUAAUACGUUAGCUGUCGUUCAGGAUUUGAGAGUACCAGUUUAUAUGUGUUCCGCGUCUAAAGCGGUUGACGCUAGAACUGCUUUAAUAGCGAUGUCCCAAGUCAAAUGGGACGUGAAGAAUGUAGCAGUUGAACACAGCGCGUAUGUAGACAUGAUCAUACGUAAAAUACAAGUGUUUGCGCUCCGUCUAGAGAAUAUAUCGACGAAAAUAACGCUUAAUAUUGAGAUUUUAAACUCAAUAUGGAGUAUGGUAUCGAAAUUUAUUGUUCAUCUCCUCGUCGAAGGCUUUUCGAAUGCGACUAAAUGUUCGAAUGGGGGUCGGGGGUUAAUGCAACUGGAUUAUAGGCAGUUGUUCCUGAAAUUGGAGAAGAUUUCAGGAUUAAGGCCUGUCCCCUUUCAAGAGUAUGUAGAUAGGUAUGUCAAGGCCUACUAUUUGCCUAGAAAAAGUCUAGAAGAAUUCGUCUUAGAGAGGGUUGAAUAUUCCAACAAACAUCUUUUGGCUCUAGUCACCUGUGCCUGCGAAAAUAAAAAAGAUAGACAAGCGUUGUCUGUGAUUAUUGAGAGUAGAGAUCCGAGUGCGUAGUGUUGCCAGGUUGAAUAAUUAAAUAUUUUUUUAAGCUGGUAACUUUUAAUUAUAAUGUUAUUGGCUUACUCACGUAACUGUUUGACGAGGAACUCGACUAGUUUCAAGCCAUGCUAGAGGCUCAUAUUCAUGAGCAACAUUCCGCUUGCACGAUUGUCGAAUGGAGGCUCAUUCUCUAGCAUGGCUUGAAACUAGUCGAGUUCCUCGACAAACAGUUACGUGAGUAAGCCGAUAACUAUAAUAAUUAAUCUGGUAACUUUUGUUAAAAUAAUACUUAAAAUCAUGCUUAUAGUUAUGCCUUGAGCUAUAGAUUGAUGACCAAUUUAUUUCAUUUAAUAUUAUUUAAUUAGUUCGGGCAUAAACAUCAAUUUACUUACUAUACUUUUGGCUAAUUGAACCUAAGGCAUUAAGAUCGACAAUCAAGUUUCCAACCGUUGAAAUAAUGACAAAAAUGAAUUAUUAUAAAAAAUGUACUUAAUUAUAAUUGUAAGCUUCGUACAAAUUGUGAUAAUUAUAUAAAUUGUUGAAUUAAUAUAAAAAUCAAAUAUA